GAAAAUUGUUGCUGAAAGAGUGGUGAUAUUAGAAAGGGUGGUAUCAAAGAAGGUUGAUGUUAAAAAGAAGGUGUCAGGAAGAAUGUUUAAAAGAAUAGUAUUUGAAAUGAAUAGAGUCAGGAAAUGGAAAGAUGGUGUUGGGAAGAAUAGUGCUAGGGAAGUGUCGUGUUUAGAAAGAGGAUAUCAGGGAAG